CAAUAGAACCGAAAAAAUUCUAAAUUUCAGAGAGGGUUAGGGUUGGGGUUAUUGGGGAAGCGAAACGUGAAUCGAUUGACGACAAGUAUCAAGUAUUCAAUUAAUCAAUUGGCUCUGGAUUCGGAAGAAAAAGGUGCGAUUGUGGGUUUGAGGAUUGAGGAAUAAGCGAAAGAAGCUAAGAGGAAAGACGAUGAGGAGGUCGGGGAUGAGGGUGGUUGCGACGGUGUCUGUGUUGUCCUUAAUCUUUCUAUAUUGGAACUGGAGAGGGGUGAGGGUGGGACCCACUGGAGUGGAAGCGUCGAAUUCCGUGUCUGCCUUUGUUCAGAACGCUAUCUACUCCAACCGCAUCACCAUCUUCUCCAAAUCCUAUUGCCCGUAUUGCUUGCGUGCGAAACGCACCUUUGCUGAUCUGAACGAACACCCUUUUGUGGUCGAGCUUGAUCUCCGAGGUAUUCUACUAUUCAUUCAUUCAUUCAUUCAUUCAUUCAUUCUGUCUCUAUCAAUUUGCCGCCUUAUGUUACAGUCAGUUUUUUUUUUUUAUGUAGAUGAUGGGUCUCAAAUUCAGAGUGUGCUUCUUGAUUUGGUUGGUAGAAGCACUGUCCCACAAGUAUUUGUCAAUGGAAAACAUAUUGGUGGAUCAGAUGAUCUCAGAGCUGCAGCACAGAGCGGUGAAUUGCAGAAACUUCUCAGUUCAACUUGACAUAUUGUUAAUGCCAAAAUUAUAGUUAGAUUCUCUGUCUUGUUAUUUCUGAGGGGUCAUUCUAUAAUAUCUAUAGGAAAGGUUGAGGAGCUCGAAUUGAUUUCCUUGGUUUAAUUGCAUAUUAUAAAGAUACAAAAUAUCGAUAUACUCCUUGUGGAGCUGGAAAAUGGAAAUUAUAGAUAUGGAUCAUUGAAGUCUGUGAACAACUAGUAAACCACAUUCUAUUAUUUUUUGUAUCCAUAUCUUGACAAGAUUGUUUCCA